CAAAACUAUAAUUGGCAAUAAAAAGCAAUAAAAAAUUUUUGAAAGAGAGAAAAAAUGGUGAAUGAAAAAUGAGAUGACAGAAUUUGAAAGGUGAAACCCAGUUAAAGACAUCCCAACAAAUUCUUUUCCCUCGGAAGCAUUUUUCUAUGCUGCAUAAAGCUUGAUUUGUAACUGAAGGAGAUGAGGGAGAGAAAGAAAUUGAGCACAUAAUAAUCACAGACACAGUCUGUUACAGAAAAAAAGCAGAAAAAAGAAACGAGGUUGGGGAAAAUAAACUUGUGCAGUUAAUUAUGAUUGCUUGCUUAACCGUCCUGUUUUCUUAGCUUUUUCCCUCUCUCUUUCUUUCUUCUGUGCCUCGUCCUUUGAUUGAUCGGUAGAUGGGGUAGCAGUAGCACGACAGUUUACCAUUCUUUCAGACUGUGAAAAACAGAGCAAGAGAGAGAGAGAGAGAGAAAAGAGAGACCCUUUUUCCCCUGUUCCUAUUUUCUCCUCUUCUUCUUUGGCUUCUUUUGUUGUUCUUCAAUUUUUGGCAUUUUAGACUGAGACCCAUUUUUUCAAUUUGUAUGACGCUUUACGAAGAGAAACCAGGGGAGUCUCACAAAGGUUUGGAAGGUGAGGAUCUGUAUGAGGAGCUGUGGAAGGCAUGUGCAGGACCUCUUGUUGAAGUUCCUAUCGAUGGAGAAAGGGUUUUUUACUUCCCGCAGAGUCAUAUGGAACAAUUGGAAGAGUCCACAAAUCAGGAGCUUAAUCACCAAAUCUCUCAUUUUGAUCUCCCUCCCAAGAUCCUAUGUCGUGUUGUUAACAUUCGUUUGCUGGCUGAAAAGGAUUCGGAUGAAGUCUAUGCUCAAAUCACUUUAUACCCAGAGGCUGAUGUAUGCAUAUAUUUUUACUUCUUAGCGUUAAUCCUUCUUCUGUUCCUCUUCCUUCUUAGCCAUCCAUCCACCCAUCCUACAAUCCCAUUUUCUGAAACUUCCUAACACCUUACACCCCUCUUCUCUUCAAUAUAUAUAUAAACUCAAACCAACCUCCUCCUUUUCCCAAAUCAGGAUACUCCAAGAUUGAAGUGGGUGGGGGCUUCUAUUUAUUUAUUUUUAGGUCACCCCUGAUAUAUCCCAUUCCAUUGAUAUACAACUCAUAAACUAGUACAUUGAAAGAAGUGUAUACACAUUCAUGAAUAUAUGUUCGGUUGAACAAUAAACUCAGAGAUAAUACAGCAA